AUGAGUAACUUUCUACUUUUUCUCCUUUUCCUUGCUCUAUUCCAAUCAUACGGCAGUAAAAUUCCGUUGACACGGAUUGAGACAAAGCUUGGAGAUCCGGUUUAUCUGGGCGUCAUAUCUGUUGGGCAGCAAAACUUUAAUGUGGAGAUAAAUCUACAGUCUUCGGUGUUGUGGGUUCCGGAAUGUUUGAAAGGCACAAUUACUCGUAAGUCGAUGCAAAAUAUGGAAGAAACUAUCAGUCAUCAGCCUGUCUGGAAAAUAAUAAGCACAAUGUUGCGUCGAAAGCUGCAUCGCCGCCGAGAAAAUGAAUUGUGAAGCGGAAAGAUCAAAUUGCUUUCCGCUUCAGCGACGCAAUCAAAUUUUCGAUGCGGCAUUGUGUUCAUUAUUUUCCUGACAGGGUAAUAUUUGAAUUUCAUUUUUUCAGCAAAAGAUCUGGUUGCCUGCUGCAACGGCGCCUGUAACAACAAGAAUGUCUUUGACCGUUCAAGCUCGAGGACUUUUUUUGACCGUAAGUUGAGAAUGCGCAUACAAUUUAAGCACUGAAGAAAAGAAAAAGCUCAUGUAUAACGAAUGAAUCUCUCGGCCAAGAGCGUACGCAAAACGCAGAGAGCAAUCAGAGGGAAAAACAAUUUCUGGCCGUAUCUUUGCCGAUUUCGCGUUAAAAAGAUUAAUUUCUUGAGGAAACGUUGCGCUCUCCGGUAGAAAUGAACAUGAAAUUUUCAUGAAAAGGUUCACAAAAGUGCCAUAUUUUGCCAAGUUUCGAUCAAAAAAUCUUGGUUGUUUCUAUAAUAUGUACAAAACGCAAGCUACGAGUCUUCCAUAUGUCUUAGGAAAAAAUUAACUGAAUCUGGGCCAAGUUUUACCAAAAUCUGGACUUCUCAAAGCCUUGAGUUUGCCUUGGACCGGCCCACCUUGUCUUACUGAAAAAAGAUGACUAAUCAAGCCAUAAAAAGCCGGAAAAUCAGCUCAGCAGCCACAUAUGGGCUUGCAAUGCCUUCAAUAUCAGUGUGUCGGAAAAAUAAUGAACACACUGUCUCUACAUCGAUCACGUCGCUGAAGUGAAAAGCAAUUUGAUUUUUCCGCAACACAAUUCAGUUCCUCGGCGGCAAUGCAAUUUUAGAUUUGACACAGCGCUCAUUAUUUUCCCGACAGACAGAUAAAACUCAUUUUUUAGCCCAGCUCAACCGACCGAUGCGCUAUAACUUCUCUCAAUGUGCGAAUGUCUCGGCAAUCAUCGGAGCCGACACCUUCAAACUGGGGCCUCAUUACAGGUCCGGUGAUGCCGCAAAACGAGUUCCAUUUGCAUUGGCUGAAGCAAUGCCCGAUUGCUACAUGGAUUUGGACUACGACGGGGUUCUGGGCCUUGCACCGGUUGAGGAGAACGCAAUUUACUCGCCAAUCGUGCAAUAUUUUAAACGGAACAACUUUGCGAAGCCAAUUUUGACGUUCUUCAUUAUGAAGCCGAGUCCGAAUAAUCUGAUAGAUGGUCAGAUCACCAUUGAAGGCUUGGACGAGGAGCACUGCGAGCCUAGAACGUUUCAAAUCCCCCCUGACAAGUCGGGAUGGGCGUUCGAAGUGCCCUCGUUUUUUCUGAAUAAUGUGGCAUUCAACCCGGCGGGAAGGAAAUAUUUGGUAAGGGGGUUAAAGAGAGGCUUACCAUAAGGUGAAGUUCCUGUAAAUCAGAUUACUAAAGACUAAUAUUUAUUAGGCUGAACCCUUUGAGGGUUCCGUUUAUAGGCGAAGCACUCUAAUUGCGACGCUCAGAUUUUGAUAAAUCCAUUCAAAAGUCUAGAAUAUUUUUUUUGCGAAACUCCUAGCCAGCCUCUUGAAACAGCCGAGAUCUUUAGGCAUAUUUUGGUCGAAAGUCGACCAAAAUAUGCCUCUUUUUUGCGAAAGAGAAGGACACUUUUGGCAAUAUAAAGGUGCUCACAGAAGUUCUCGACUUUUAUUUUUGCUGUUGAGUCGAAUUUCGGUGCAAAAAUGGGUUGACUUUGAUUUUUAAAAAUCAGUGCACACUUUAAUUUUCGCCCUGCAGUGAUUUCCCAAAAUCUGCAUUUUCAAAAUCAAUUUUUGAAAAAUCAAUGCCGUCGAGAACUUCGGUGACCACCUUUACAUCUUUGCCGGUUUCCUGUGGUUGAUUUUUGGAAACAUUAUUAGAAACAGGCAUGAAACUUUCAUUCAGAAACUUACAAAAACCCUGCCCUUUCGUGCCAACUUUUGAUCCAAAAAUCUACGUCGUUUCUGCAAAGCGCGGGCAAGAAGUGCCUAUGGAUCAGAAAAAAAAACAAUCUAAUUUUGUGACAAAUUUCAUUAAGACAUAAAAUCCACUCUUUUAGGCUUUUAUUGAUCUCAACACCGACUACUUUUUUGUCCCAACCGAAGUUUUCGAAUUUAUUCUCAAAACUACCGCUGCACAAAAGCUCCCCAACCAAGACCGAUAUCUCCUCGCGAAACCUGAGAAGUGGACCAUCCGAGUGGUUGAUGGGUUCAACGAGCUCACCAUUAAACUUGCACACUUGUGCGAUCAAAAACAGCUCAAUAUGGGAUGCGUGCUGAACAUUGCAGUAUCCUUAUCGUCAAAAUUCGAGACAAAUUUUGUGUUUGGCACUCCAAUCUUGUACGACCAUUGUAUGACUUUGAAUUAUUUUGGAAGCAUCGCUUUUCCGAAGAAGAAAAUGUUGUAGAUUUAUUGGUGGACCUGCCCUUUGUCUCCGGCUCCGGCUGUGGGCUCCCAGAGCCGGAGCCGAGGCGAAAUUUAGAGCUCCGGCUCGGAUUUAAAGAGCUCUCCGGCACCGGCUCCCGUGCAAACUUUUUCUUAAAAAGUAUUUUCCAAAAAUAAAAGUUAUUAGUGCCAGAGAUGACCCAACGUUUUUGAGCCAAGUCGUAAGUACGCAACACACCCGUCCCAAAUUUUUUCAAGCAAUUGGACGAAAUCUUUACUUUUCACAACGCUGAGAAGCCUGGCUUCGACUUUGGGCUCAGGAGCCGGAGCCGGCUCCGAAGCCGUGGCUAUCUCCAUUUUCUUUUUAAAAAAUCCAUCCACAUCUGACAAUAGGUUAUGUAUAAUAUUAUUUUAAAAUUUAUUUUUUUAGUAUUUCAAAAGGAAGAUAAGAGCAUUUUUAACCUUUGAAAUCCGCUUGGCAUUGAAUACUUUGAGCCGGCGCACCUUUGAUUUCCUUCGCUAUCAGCCGCAAAGCUGCCUUAGAUUGCUCAACGCGCUGAACGUUUGUUUUGACAGAUAAUCAAAGUUCCUAUGCACACCCAAGACAAUGGAAUGACUAUUGUAAUAACUAAGCUAUGCGGGCUUGUCAACAUUACGCAUUAUUAUUGCCUUUACUACUGUGUAAUUCACAAACUCUAGCCUCUAAAACUCUAUUGACCAGAACCGAAAAUAAAGCUCAAAAAACUGUAGCCUACGUUGGCGUAAUAUCAGUUGGGAAUCAAAAUUUUAAUGUCGAGUUUAACUUGGUUUCAUCGGCGUUGUUUGUGCCAGAGUGCAAGGAAAGAAGUGUUUAUCGUAAGUGAAACAGUGACAAUUGAAUAUUCCAACUUACUUGCAGCUGAAGAUCUCAUAAGCUGUUGCAAUGGCGCCUGUAAUAAUAGAAACACGUUUAUCAGAAAGGAUUCAAGGACAUUUCACGAGUGUAAGUUGCAGUUAAACUUGCUGACCGGGUUAGAAGGGGAUUUGAAGUGGGACCGACCGGUCGGAGAAGACAAAAAGACCAACGAGAAAGGUACACUCCAUUUCAAAAUGAUAGACACGCCUAUAAAAUCUGCAAUUGCGGCGUCGACGUGCAGUUGACGGAUACGAAACCUUUACAGAUUGAAAGAGGAGGUUCGAAAACCUAUACCAAAAAAUAAUCUUUUUUAUUGCACUGCAAUUGCACUUUGCACAAAAGAUUUUCCAAAUUUUGGGUGUUUCAAAAAGAUAGACACGGUUGCUAUUUUUGCUAAAAACUUGCGAGUAUGGGCCCCAUAGGGCCUGAAAUUAUUAGUACGACUGUAUUGCAACUGUCUGGACUUUAUUGAGUUCAAAACGCCCGAAUUUUUGUGCAAUUUUCCCGGAAUUGCACACAUACUUCCGUUUUGUGCAAUCUGGCCUGCAUCUUUCAGAAGUCCACUUUCUAUGGGCAUAGACAGUGCAGAUGCGACCUAUCAUGUGUUAUGGACUAGAUCCAGUCAGUUUUCACUGGUAUGCAACAAAUAAAUGCGUGGAAAUUGCAACGAAAACUGAUUUCGCAACGAUAGUCGUCACUUUUAAAGCUCCUCAAGCGGGUGCCUGUGGUUUUCACAACCCAAAAAGCUCCGAACUAUCUUGGCGAUCAGCAAACAAACGUUAUUAAGUAAGCCUUGUGUCCAGGCUCCGUCGGGCCAACGCCAGAAAAGGUGAAGUUUCCAAAAAACCCUUUUUGACCCAUUUUUAAGCCUAUUUCGCAUAGUUUCGCAAAGUUUUGUGCACUGCGGACCCGCUAAAGCAGAGCUGCAUAUGCUACAGACCUAAACGUUUUUACGAGAACCUAAACAUUGCACUCAUGAAGUUUUUCUUCGCAUCUAGCUUGUUUCGAAACGUAGGGCAGCCUUCAAAGCUGACCAUGUAGCAGCCGAAUCAGUUUUCGUUGCAAUUUCCACGCAUUAAUUUGUUGCCUACCCGCACGAUAGGCCGCAUCUGCACUGUCUGUGCCCAUAGAAAGUGGACUUCUGAAAGAUGCAGGCCAGAUUGCACAAAACGGAAGUAUGUGUGCAAUUCCGGGAAAAUUGCACAAAAAUUCGGGCGUUUUGAACUCAAUAAAGUCCAGACAGUUGCAAUACAGUCGUACUAAUAAUUUCAGGCCCUAUGGGGCCCAUACUCGCAAGUUUUUAGCAAAAAUAGCAACCGUGUCUAUCUUUUUGAAACACCCAAAAUUUGGAAAAUCUUUUGUGCAAAGUGCAAUUGCAGUGCAAUAAAAAAGAUUAUUUUUUGGUAUAGGUUUUCGAACCUCCUCUUUCAAUCUGUAAAGGUUUCGUAUCCGUCAACUGCACGUCGACGCCGCAAUUGCAAAUUUUAUAGGCGUGUCUAUUAUUUUGAAAUGGAGUGUAUUUAUUCGCACCACAGCAGGAAAAAAGUGACUAUAAAAUGACCAUAGCCGUGGCUUUUAUAGGGAAUGAGCAAACUUAUGCAAAUUUGGGUCUAGGGCCAACAUGCCCCACUUCCUUUCGGCUGGUUUCUCCAUGAAGUCGAGGGGCCGGGUUGCUGGGAUUGGCUCGGAGAAGGUUGGUUCCACAUCUGAAAAUUUUCGAGUCAACUUGGCGGGAGAGCGACGCGGAUGUCGCAGAGAGGAGUUGGGUACGGAGCAGUUCUGGACUUCCAUGGUGAGAUUCGAGGAGGACCUGCGGGGGUGCCGACCGAGUAGAGACGCUUGCGGAUUGUGGUACUGUCGAGAAAAUAAUGUGGCCUCAUCGCAGUGACGCGCAAAGUUUCCAGCGCUGCCUAGCCAUCGCACAGCAAUAAUGGGCGAAAGGCGCGACGAAUCCAGUUCUCCAGACAAAUAAGUGAAAUUGUAAUCAACGAGGUGUUGAUUAGUUGGAAAUUGGGACUUGGGAAAUUAACUUGGGACAUGUGAAAGCUUAGAUAUUUCUUUCCGAUCCAUCUUUGAGUAGCUACCUUUUACGAUGCUGUGGCCAAUACAAGCCGCUGUUCUGCAGAGACGGCGGACAUUUGCCCCUUGAAAAGUCCAGAUUUUGUGUGCGAUUGCAAGGAGGCUAGACAUUUUGCUGCGACAAAUCCACACUAUUUUCCCGACAGUCUGAUAAAAAGAUGCAUAGAAUGCACCCACUCGGACAAAAGAUCCCUUCUCUGACCAAAAAAAAACGUUCAUAACUUGUCCUUUCAGCUCCCAAUGAUGAACAAAUUUCCGUUCCAUUUCAAUGUGCAACUGUCGCAGCCGAAAUGGGCGUCGAUCAAUUCAAACCGUUCCCUCACUACAAGCCUGGCCCGUUCGCAAAAGCCGUCUCAUUUGCGUUGGCGCAAGCCAUGCCGGAUUGUUACUGGGACGUCGAUUUCGACGGAGUGCUUGGCUUAAACCUUAUCCAUAGCAAAAAUCUUCCAUCGCCAAUGAUGGCUUUACUGGCCCAAGGAGGGUUCGCGAAGAAAAUCUUAACAUUUUUCGUUUUAAAACCGAGCCCAAUUAAUUUGGUGGAUGGCGUCGUCACAGUCGGAGAUAUAGAUGAGAAAUGUGAGGUCCCGGAGGUGAUCUGGCCAGUUUUUCGGAAUAUGGGAUGGAUCUUUCGAAUUCCGGAAUUUCGUGUGAAUGGCCGACAAUUUCCGGAUUCUGGAACGAUUUAUACUGUAAGAACUACCAAAAAAAUAAGUUUGUCUACAUAAUUGGGGCCUUUGUCAUCAGCCUGUCGGGAAAAUAGUGAGAAAAUGAACUGCGCGAUCGGCACAGCGACGUUGCGCUCACUAUAUUCCCGACAGACUUACAAAACAUGUGCAAUCGGGAUUUUCAGUCUGUCGGCGAAAUAAUGACUAGAUUGUCGGUGGAUCUUGCUUCAGAAUACUGAAGCCGCAACGUAGCGCACGGAUAGCUUACAGUCUGAUAAAGUACCCACGUAGAAUAUAUUCUGUACCUUUAUGAGCUCGGAAUAACACACAACGACAAUAGUAUACUGUGACAAUAACAAUAUCUCAAGAUUAAUGCCAUCGAUCAAAGGCGAUUCCUGGUUUGGUCAAAAAAGAUAUCCUGGACAGAGGAUAUCUCAAGGACAGCAUCUUAAGCAAGGUAAAUCUGGAUGUCCAAGUCUUGUCCUAA